UGAUAACAUUCAUUCGGAUGUACCGUCAAUCAGUCAUCGAUUUGUGAAUCUUCCAAACUCAAAGCUUGCCAUUUGCAGUAACCACCAUACUUUUAUUUAAACUCAUUCGAUUUCCUCCGACUUUUUCGUAAGUGUGCAGUCAGCGUGUCUGGCGAGAAUUGCGAUGCUUCACAGUCUGUGUACCUACGAAUGUAUUCUACUCGCUUUCGUACAUCCGAGACAAGUCAUGCGUGUAGCUUGAGAAUGAGAACUUCUUCCGUUAUCAGCACCGACCUAUGGCACGUUAUCUCUGAAUUCAUACGUUAGCCGAGAGUCGUCGUCGGAUUUAUAGUAUCACCACGUGGUGGGUUCACCGUCAAAAUCUCGCUCUGCUUCUGCUUAUAAUUGUUGAUCUAUACUAGUUACCCCGCGGUGAUCGACGUGAGUUGAAUUGAAGUUUCAACGUCAUAUGUUUCGAACAAGUUUCAGGCAAUAUUCCACUCGUGUAAUGGAUUACUCAAAGUUUAUCAGUAAAAGGUCUGCGAGAAGGAAGUCCAAUCUAAUUCGUCAGAUGAGCGGAAUCUACAUGGCGAAUCCAGAUCUCAUACCCUUCGCUGGCGGACUGCCGAACACCGAGACGUUUCCGUUUCAGGAGAUAGACGUGACGUACAAAGACGGAACGCGGCACAAGCUGACGGGAAAGGAUCUCGACGUGGCUCUGCAGUACGGUCAUACAGAGGGGUAUCCUCCGCUGAUGAAGCUUUGGGGAGAUCUUCAAAACAGAUGGCACUCACCCCCCCGGGAUGAUUGGGAAGUGCUCGUGACGACGGGGUCUCAGGAAGCCUGCAGUAGGAUCCUUGAGCAUUUCCUCGACGAGGGCGACGCCGUGAUGGUUCAGGUCCCGGCCUACACCGGGACUCUGGGGGCGCUCGACCCCUUGGCGCCGGAGUUCAUCGGAAUCGAGCAGGACACCGAGGGCAUCGUGCCGGACAAGAUCCGUCAAGUCUGCGAGGCGAGGAUGAGGGAUGGCCUUCCAAAGCCAAAGCUACUCAGCGUCAAUCCGACGGGUUCUAAUCCGACCGGAGCUGUUCUCUCCGAGGAACGUAGGCGCGAGGUUUACGCUCUCGCCCAGAAGUACGAUUUCCUGAUACUCGAGGAUGAUGCCUACUAUUUCGUCAACUUCCUCGAGCACCGGCCCACCAGCUUCUUCUCCAUGGAUACCGACGGUCGGGUAAUGAGGGUGGACUCCUUCAGCAAAAUCUUGAGCGCCGGAAUUCGCAUCGGAAUUUUGACCGCUCACAAGGAUGUCAUCAGGCAAAUAACCAUGCACAUUAGCAGCGGGACGCUUCACACUUCCUCUUUGUCUCAGAUGCUGGUCUACAAGCUGCUGAACACGUGGGGUCCGGAAAGGUUCGAGCAGCACCUGGGAGAAGUUCAAAGCUUUUACAGAAAAAAGAGGGACAUGAUGGUGUCUCUCGUUGAAAAGCAUCUUACUGGGCUGGCCGAGUGGUCAGUUCCCCAGGGAGGCAUGUUCAUAUGGAUCAAAGUCAAGUCGAUCGACAACGUCUUCGAUCUGGUAAUGGAGCAAUUCGUCGCAAAUGGUGUUCUCGUUCUUCCCGGUCACGCUUUCAACGAAGACAUCAAAGAUCCCGACCAGCAUGUGAGGCUCAGCUACAGCUACGCUUCUCCGGAAAAAGUUGACAAGGGCCUCUCGAUCAUGGCGAGACUAAUCAAGGAGCACAUCAGGAAAAAUAAUGUUCAAGGGCAAUGAUGAUGGCAAUAUUAUAACGAGUCGUUUAUGCGAGUACGUCAUUUUAUUGCUAUCCUCAAUUACAGUUUGUCUGUUUGGUUUCACGAUACUCUUAUGUUAUCGCACUGCGAUAUUGGAUCCCAUUGUUUUUAGCGUCGAAUUUAUUUCCGACGUGACGGAAAUCACUUGCCUUGUACGCGUAUCUUAAACUGAACAGACCAACAGUACGUUAAUACAAUUGAAUAAAUACCCGUCAAGCACUGUU